UGAACUGCUAGCCAAUGAUCACCUCUACAGAGCCUACGUCACAUUGUUUACCCGGAAGUGCAUCUGCGCACUUACUGCAGUAUUUAGUUUCUGUAUUUUUGUCAAUUUUUGCUCUAACGUGCUAUAAUUAAAAUGUACAGCGGACUCCUGCCUAAAGGUUUGACCGAGGAAGACCUAAGUCCAGACGAUGAGGCUGAAGAAGACGAUGUUAGAUAUCCGCUUCAACCCCCAGGAUGUUCCGCCGAAAUAUCCACGGCGGAGAAUCCUUCUGCUCACGGCAGCAGGGACCCACAGACAGCCGACAUGCCGGGUAUCUCCCAGGAAAUGUGGCAAAAAUUCCAGGAUCUGCGAAAAAAGAAAAACGAGGUGAAAACGAUAAGAAUUCGCGAAAAAAGAAGAAAAAGACGUAGAAAAGGAGCAGAAAGGCAGGAACCUGCAGGAACCAGGGAGCAUGAAGAGGAGCAGCAGAAACACUGGAAUGACUUACAGCAGUAUUUCGGCGUAAAUGAUCGAUUUCAGCCUCCUCCUUGUUCCAAACCGCCUCCAAAGUCCGGCCUAGAAAAGAACAUUGAGAGGGCCAUAGCUGAAGGGGACUUUGCAAAGGCGGAGGAGAUGAGCGACAGACUCGCCACUCGAGAGCUGGCUGUGAAAAUUGCCGAAGCCGCCGACUGUCGGGACUUCGUUCAGCGCAAACAGGAAGAGGAAGCUUCCAGGGCGGCGCAGAAGAGGAAGGAGCAAAUACCCUGGGGAUUCGAAGCAAAGAAACGAUGGGAAACCAAAAGCAACAUGGGCUUCAUGUGACACAGAUGAAGGAAAACAGCAGCGUUUCCUUUCCAUCACAGAGACUGCUCUUUUUGUGUGUUUUGAGGGAUUUGCACCAGCAGCUUGUGAAGGGGGAAAAGUCAGACUGUUGGCUGUCAAACCCAUCCAGAGGGUAUCAGAGAAAAACCCAUCAGGCGUUGGAAUAAACGCCGAAGGCGCCCAUCGGCGUCUGCAUUGUGUUUUUCAUUACAUUUCAGUGAUUUGAGCUUUCUGGCUCCGUUUUCCCCUCAAAUUAAAUCUGGUGUACAUUA